GACAAAGGUAACGGUGACGUCAUGACCUCGGCGGGUCUCCAGCUCCUUGCUUUUGCCCUGGCCUUAUCUGGGGUCUCUGGAGUGCUCAUGGCCACCCUGCUGCCCAACUGGAAGGUGCACGUGGACGCGGGCUCCAGCAUCAUCACAGCCAUCGUGCAGUUGCAAGGGCUGUGGAUGGACUGCACGUGGUACAGCACCGGGAUGUUCAGCUGCACCUUGAAGUACUCCGUCCUGGCCCUCCCCACCCACGUGCAGGCCGCCCGGGCCGCCAUGGUCCUGGCCUGUGUCCUGUCUGCUGUGGGGAUCUGCACUUCCACAAUCGGGAUGAAAUGCACUCGCUUAGGAGGGGACAGGGAAACCAAGGGUUACGCCCGCUUUGCUGGGGGAGUCUGUUUCCUGUCUGCGGGGGUCUCUGGUUUAAUACCGACGGUGUGGUACACGAAGGAGAUCAUAGCAAACUUUGUGGAUGUGACGGUUCCAGAAAGCAACAAACAUGAACCCGGAGGAGCUGUCUACAUUGGAUUCAUUUCGGCCAUGCUGCUGUUUAUCUCUGGCAUGAUUUUCUGCACAUCCUGUAUAAAAGAGAAUUCGGAAGCUUGGCUCCACCCAUCCAAGCAGCAGCACGUCUCCAUCACACAGCCAGAGGACCAUUCAGCAUACAGCCUGAAGGAUUAUGUGUGAAUAACCGUGUGAUGCACAUGACUUAGGUGCCUGCUGUGAUUUUUGUCUUUAUUUUAGAUUAAAUACAAGAAUUGUGCUUACCUUUCUCUACAAAGAAUGUAAAAUACUUAAAAAUGAAGUUGUUCAAAAUGCCAACAAACUUCGUGUACAAUUAUAUCUGUUUUAGAUGAUUUUUCCAUUAUUGUCAUGUUUUAUCUAAAGGUUUAUAAUGGAAAGAGGUUCUGAUUAUAUUAAUAUGGCAAUUAAUUGAUGGCUUUUUUUUUUUCCUUUUUAAGAUAA